AUGGACCACGACAAGACAGGAUGCCAAAGUCCACCUGAAGGUCCCAAGCUUUGCAUCAACAAUUGCGGUUUCUUUGGAAGCGCUGCCACAAUGAACAUGUGUUCGAAGUGUCACAAGACUAUCCUGUUUCAACAGGAACAGGGGACUAUGUUUGCAUCAUCAUCCAGCAACAUAAUGAAGGAAACCUUUACUGCUGCGUUGGUUGAUGCUGAAACCAAAUCCGUUGAGCCAGUAGUUGUUUCUGUACUGCCAUCCUCUGUCCAAGUCGUCGCAGAGGCCGUAGCUCCAGAAGCAGCUGCAUCAAAACCAAAGGAAGGACCAAGCCGAUGUGCUACUUGCAACAAACGGGUUGGUUUGACCGGAUUCAAAUGUCGCUGUGGUGACCUCUUCUGCGGGACACACCGCUAUGCAGACAUACAUAACUGCUCCUUCAAUUACCAUGCUGCUGCGCAAGAAGCUAUAGCUAAAGCAAACCCGGUUGUGAAGGCAGAGAAGCUUGACAAAAUCUGAAACUCAAAACUCUGUUUUCAGGUACAAUGAAGUUUCCUUCCUCCUGUCUGUCUGGUUCAAGGUGUCUCUCAUGUUUAAAAGGUUUCUAUAUAUAUAUAUAUAUGGUCGAAGAACGAAAGCGUGUGUUGAUCGUUAGUUUCUCUCUGCAAUAUUGUGGUGUGAAACUUUCUAUUAUCUGUCUUUGCAAGCAGAGAAAUGUGGUCUUAAAAGGUAUGAUUUGAUGUGUUUCUAUUUCUUAUGAUUUAUGAGCAAUAUGUUUAUGUUUCAUCAUUUGGGUCUGUAUCAUAUUGAGACUGUAUGUUUAGCUAUAUUGAAGCUUUAUUUUAAGAGCG